AUGCGUCUGUUCGAGACUGCUGUGGCUGUCACAGCCCUGUUCUGGGCGGGCUCGGAUGCGCAGACGACGGUGCCGCAGCUUCCGCGGCCGCGGUCGUGCAGCGGCGUCAGCAACUUCCGGUUCCAGUACACGGCGGCAUCCGGGUGGUCGGCGAUGAAGCUGGCAGGCGGGCUCAAGCAGGUGCGGACGAUCGUGUGGGAUCCGCGGGGCAACAUGCUGGUGGCGCAGGCGACGCGCGGCAUCUCAGUGCACACGUUCGGGGCGGACGGGUGCGUCAACAGCACGGCGAUGCUCAUCACGGGCAACCAGCUCAACCACGGGCUGGCGCUGACGCCGGACGGCACGACGCUGUACGCCAGCGGCGAGACGGCGGCGUACAGCUGGAGCUACGACGCGGGCACGCGCACCGUCAGCAACCAGAAGACGGUGGUGCGCGGCAUGUCGUCGGGCAUCCACUUCACGCGCACGCUGGCCGUCGUGCCCAAGCAGCCCAACCUGCUGCUGCUGCAGGUCGGCAGCAACCAGAACCUCGACACGGCAGCCGCCCAGCCGAGCACGGGGCGCGCCAUCAUCAAGGUCUUCGACACCGCCAAGGCGCCCGCCAACGGCUUCAACUACAACACCGACGGCGAGGUGUUUGCCUACGGCCUGCGCAACACCAUCGGCUUCGUGCCGGACCCGGCCGGCGUGUUCUGGGGCGUCGAGAACAGCGCGGAUGACGUCGCGCGCACGGAAAACGGCCAGCGCCGCGACAUCCACCAGAACAACCCGGCCGAGGAACUCAACCGGCUGGGCGACCCGACGACGGUGCGCAACGCCUGGUUCGGCUACCCGACAUGCUUCGCCGUGUGGGACCCGUCGGGCUUCUCGGGCAGCUCGGGGCUCAAGACGGGCAGCAACUUCGUCAUGUCGCCGAGCAGCUCGUACAACGACGCCAGCUGCGCCGCCAACAAGGCCAUCCCGCCGCGGCUGAGCUUCAUGGCGCACUCGGCGCCCAUCUGGAACACGUUCGACGGCGACGCGCGAAACAUGUACGUGGCCCUGCACGGGUCGUGGGACCGCCAGCCGCCGACGGGCUUCAAGGUGGUGCAGGUGCCCUUCCAGAAGCUGGCCGACGGCUCCUACGACCCCGUCGCGCCCGCCGACAGCCAGGCCGGCUACACCGACAUCUUCGCCGCGCCCAACCCGGCCAGCUGCACCGCCAACGGCCUGACCCAGAGCAACUGCAUGCGCCUGACCGCCGCCGCCUGGGAUCCCGCCGGCCGCGGCCUGUUUGUCGGCAGCGACAACAGCGCCGAGGGCGAGAUCUACAUCCUGACGCCGCCGGCAUAA